GUUCUUAUUCAUUCUCAAGCGGUCCUCAAGGCUGUUUUGCUUUUUGUCCUCUCCCGUCAACAUUUCCUCAACGUCGCCGUCAAGCAAUUGUCACUGUCGCGACGACAAGCCCUUCUGUGACGCGGCGAAGACAGAAUUUAUAAUUACCGCGACCUGCUCGCUUUCGUCAACUCUCCUCUUUUAGGUUUCUCUCCUCCAUUCACAGCAUUACCCUAUUCGUCUCCAUCGCUUCGACCUCUUUCAUUGUUCCCCUUUUCUCUCCGCCACCGAAUAAUGCCCCCUCCUUCCUUUUGAACCUUAUAACAUUGUUCUUCCCUUGCUCCAACUGUAUCACUAUCGCCCACAUCGUCACGACCUCCUACUGCGAAUUACGCCACUGAAGUCCACUCGUAUCUGACAAUGACCGCCAUUGUAUCCCCAAAGCCGCGCCUCGCGUCGCGAAGCCGCGCCCAGUCGCCCCAACCCCUGCUAUUGCCCCCUUCCCUCUACCUGGCGACAGAUUUACCUCGACAUAUGGCAUCUGCCAGCCUCGCAAGCCCGCCUAGACUCUUAUCUCCUAUCCAUCUAGCCGACUCACCUUCCUACUACGCUAAAGCCUCCUCAAGUUGCAACACACCCCAGAAGCGUAGGACACAAUCUGGUGCCACCCGCAAUGCCCGCCGUCGCCACUGUGCCCGCUUUGAUUGCGCCGCCUUCGCCAAUGGCGGCUCUAUUUUCGACCAGCUGGCAUGGAUACCACAGUUGCACCAGGAGCCUGAGCGUGUAGACGUAUGGGACAUCGCCGACCUUUCACUUUUACCCAUCGAGCCCUUUCACCACAGAGCUUCUGGCGUGGGACCAGUCCGCAGCCGCAAACUUUCUCUGCGCUCCGACCCGCUGUCAUGCGGCUCAUCGGCCGCCCAAGAUGUUGGUAUCAACAGAGCACAACGCCGAUUUAAUUCAAAUUCUGUUCUUCCGCUUUUUGACAGAGAAUUGCCUGAUCCUCGCACACCUCCUCCUCGCGACACCCCUUUCAUCCCGGAGAACGUUCAGUUUGUUGGUCUGAUGCCUGCCCUCCCUAUCAACGACGAGCCAUCACGAUCCUGCUGAACAUUUCUCAUCCGAUCCCUCCCUUUCCCGCUUUGCACAGUAAUUUUAUCAGAACAUAAUCUCGCAACGUCCACACCAAUGCUAACGCCCCAAACUGCAUAUAACAUCUAUAUGGCCUGAAACGUGUCAAAUGUUUCUCGACCAUCAGCAUCUUCAUUUUCAUCAAGUGUUUAUCCAAGCUGUCGCGUUAUUUAUCUUUAUCAAGUAUCGCCCUGCUCCUUCACGGAAGCAUCUCAUUUCGCACCGGCAUCCGGAACCCACUGUAUCCUCAAUAUCACGCUCGCCUCUUUCAUACGCCACGAUCUCGCAACGUCCAGUUCUCGCCCGCAUUUCCAAAUUGAACUUUUGCGUACUCGUCCAUUUAAUCGUCUGGGCUUGUUUCUCGUUUUGUUUCACGCACCAUGUUUUUCCCCUCACUGCUUGUUUCUCUUUUCCCCUUCUGCCUACGCAGUGAUUGAUUUUAUAUGAAUUCUCUAUGAUCUGCUUUGCUGUGUUACGUCUCACCUACUGUUUCAUUUUGCUUUGAUCUACAUACACUAGUUGUAUCUCAGAUUUUGUCGCUUCGCUUCGCUCUGUUUUCUUCCGUUUUGUUUCGAUAUGCCUCGCAUGAACAUUGAACGUAUCUCCUGCUUUGUCUUCUGUGUAGACGUAUUCAUCGUUGUUCCAAUAAAUGUAUCAUCUCGCUCUGGUGGUAUUUGAAGUGUCUCGUCCAACACC